AUGGUCCAGAAUCCACCACGUUUGUUACAUGACGAUUUCGCGUUAAUAUCGCUUUUAGAAUAUCGUUCGCGGUCUGUGUCCCAGAAUCUUCGUUCUCGGAGUUCUCUUGUUGGCAACGGCGAGGAAUUAUCUACACCAUCAAACUUAACUAACAGCCACACAGACGUUUUGAACGAUUUUAAAGUCCCUGAAAGCCCGAGUAAGUAUUCCACCUGUCUUAUUUUUUUCAGUCAGAUAAAGCCCAAGUUCUCCGAAGACAUAUAAAAGCAGAGAGAAAGGCACGGACUAACAAUCAACAGACUACUUGAUGCCUUUUUGUUAUUUUAUGCGUUCAUUUAUCACUGGCCAGUUAUGUUCACGCUGGCUGCUCGUUCCUCUAAUGCUAAAGUAUUAGUCGAUUCUGACUAGUAUUUAAUUUUGGAGGCUAAGCAAGAUGUUGACAGAAGGAGGGAAAGCAGAAUAGGCCUUCAGAUUGUUUGAUACCACCUUGCGAAAGUGUUUCUUUCAAUAAGUCUAGGGCCGUUCUGUCAAAACUCUUUAUUCACGCCUUUGCUCCCCGCCCCUCGGCAGCACUGCCACUGCCGUUCCGCGUCUGUUUAUUCGCCAGACGGCACAUCUCUCACCUAAUCACUGGAUCAUAUUACACUGUCUGCCAUUUGUGGAUGCGCCGGAUGGGCAGCAGCUUGGGCGAGGUGAAAUCCAUCUUCCCGCCUCGUCAGCAGACUGCACCAUAUGACAUUUACCCUUUUUGUUUCCUCGACGGUUUGCCUAUUUAAUUCUUUCGUUCCACAGUGCGUCCGAUCAGUUACAGACUUACGGGUCCAUGCGAUUUUUUUCCGUUGUUUGCUCGGUCGUAUUAUACGCCUGCCUCUGUAAUAUCCAAUCUACUAAUCUUUCGACGUGUUCAUUCGGUAUACGACUGUGAGGUGGGCUUCACUCAGUUAUUCGACGCAUAACUGUUUUUUUCCAGGUAACCAAUUUUCCAAAAAUUGGUAGUCAACUGGGCUAAUAAAUAGACGCCUUAACUUUAAACAUCAUGACGAUGUAUCCAAGGCCAUCAGCUAACUAACGUUAGCUACGUCUGUUCGUGCCGACCACGCAGUCUGGUUAACUUGUGAUAUGAUCUAAUCUGACCCACAUUUUGAUCCAGCGCAUCUGCAAUGUGGCUCGUCAUUUGGGGUCACAAUUACCGCCGUACAUGGGAGGAGGUGGUGACAUGUCUGGGCUUAUGUCUUCACAUCGUGUCAGCCACUGCACUCAAUCCCCUCAUCAGAUGGUCGACUGGUGCAUACGAGAGGGAAGGGAGUGAGGCCGACACUGAGGAAUCCAAUCCCACGGCACAUCAGUGCAUUCCUUGCUAUAGUCAAUUUGAUGCGCUUGUAUUUAUCACAAGUCAGUAAAAGUUGUGGCUUCGACUGCUACCAACUGAUUGGAUAACUCUGCCCUUUGCAGAAAUAAAGGUUAGACUGCAAUGGCUUCGUCAUAAUGUGGCCUUUAUGGCACUUAUGCAUGCGAGAUGAUAGUCGCCCGCGUGGAGGCCUGGUAAGUACUGUAGGACCAGGUCGUGCGUUUUAUGCGUAGAAGCGCUAUUUUGCUUUGCCGACCAUUUUGCCUGGGCCCAUCUCGGUUGUCUUGACAUUGUCUUGUCCUCGGAGCUAAGUGCUCGAGGGGGAGUGUGGUAGAUGCAUCGUAAGCCCAAUAACAUUGUAUACUAACUCACGCUCAAGUCACCGUCCCUGCGUCCACUCGCGGUGGACAUCGUCCGUAACGAUGACUGAACUUCAUCUGAAACACUCAGAAGACCGAGACUUUUCACUUAAACCCUGCGGAUUGUCCUGUCUCUGGUUCACGCUGGAUCGCGUCUCGGUCCUCCGUUCGUACCGUUUGUGCGUUGUCAUCCGCCUUCUGCCCGACCGACCAGGCAGCUGUUGCCGCUGAACGAGACACUGACACAGAGUGAGUACAUGGGUUUGAUGGAGCAAGCUUUAUAACUGAGUCGUUGCCCGUUUAACCACAGCAAACAACUCGGUUAAUAUGGAGCUGUUUGUCAAGGUGGCUUACCAGUACGCGCGCAGUUGCUCACAUGAGCGCCUGGCUCAGAUACUUGUCUCAUGUGCCGAACACACCCUCCAAGUCUGGGAAUGAUGUAUUUUCAUACCUGUGGCGAGUUGGAAAAUUCUGUAGCGUCCACCCCUUUUGUGAAUCCCUCACACAGACUUUUUGAGUCUUUUAAAUGCUCUAAACUUAGGUCACGUAGUAAUGUUUUUGGUCAAACCUUUCCCAUAAAUCUAUAGCUCGCUAGCACUCGCAUGGCCUGUAUGCAUGCAGGGACUCCCACGGAGCUGACCUGUGCGAAUGAGUUGAAGGAAAAGAUCGGCGCCUAUGUCACUAAUCCCGGUCAAUGUCACGUUUAGACAAGAUCGGUCAUGUAUUUGGAGCGGAAUAUUGCUAUUUUCAGUUACUUUUUGCUCGCAGAGGGCGCACUGAUUUUGACGGAUACAGACCCAAGUAUCUUAUUAGACUUUCUAUUUCAGCUACCCGACUGUCGAAAUUGCGCAUCUCUUUGCGAUCCAGUGCAAAUAAAACAAGAGACACAAGCAAUUUGGGUAAGUCUCCUACCAAAGUGGAAUUUCUUCUUGCUGCAUUUAUCGCCUUCACCAUACAGGUCAACAUGACCAUGGAUUUGCCCCAAACAACCCUACUUAUGCAUUAGCCUAACCGUCGCCCGGAGCCGCUUUGUCCUUUUUUGCUCCGCUCCUUAUUGGGCAUGUCUAUUCUGCGCUGACAGUUAGGGGCUUAGCCAGUACAGAGAUACUCUUUCCUUUAUUUGCCCCUACAAGCUCUAAAAAUGAUAACUUCAAGCUCACAUACAGGUUGCCCUCCUCCUUCCAAGCCGCUGUUUAAUGCUUUUUAAUAUGAGGAAUUUCCGGAGAUGUUUACAUAUGGCUUACAUCCACCUUUUAUUCUUACUGACUUCUCAUCUUCAAAGUCGCCUCAGAGGGUAACCGGGCACCGGUAAACGAAAUUAAGCAAAAGGACGGACGUUUGCGUUCACCUCUAAAUGCCCCAUCUCCACGAACACCACGGCGGGCAUGCAAGGACGACGCUAUGUCGAAGAUCCUGUUAUGCUUUGAGAAGCUUUCCACCGAAUGCGAGGGCCCGACUGUUAGUCGACGCUACACUGUUCAGAGAACUCCUCAAAAACAAGCAACAACCCCACGUGAGUUUCAGUAUUUAAAGGUUUUGUCCACAAAUCCUCCAACACAAUCAGGUAAUCUGGGAAAUCAGGCAAUCUGUUUCAGCCUGCCGGUCUGUUGUUUUAUGGAUGUUCAUCAGUUUGUCAGUUUCACCUGUCUCCCUGUUCCUCGCCACCAAGGAUGUUAAUAUUUGCCAAGUACAGCGUCGUCGUUCGACGAAAGUUCAGCUGCGCAAUGUUUGCAUAUGGUCCCUGUCAGGAGGGGAGUAACCGCAAGAAUUCAGAUCCAUCCCACCAACCUUGCUGCUGACUACGCGGGGCUUCCAGGGGUGUUGGAUGUAGAGCGGCCUUCAGCGAAGGUUGUCUACGAAAUAGGUAGGCUUUCAGGUUUAAGAAAUAAACAGCUGUCGACCAGCACUGCUGUCUUGAGCCACUCAGCAAAAACAAAGACCUCGUUCCGAUAUCUGAGGGGGCUGACUGUGAGAUGGUGGCCGCACUUGGGAUCAAAUCAACUUGGUAUAUUAGACCUAGUAGGUACUGGACUCUCGCGUGAUGUGUGACGCAGACAUCGGUAGCGUGAGUGGUCCUGAUCACACUCAUAUGAGGACUUCUCUGAGCCUCAAGUUAGCUGUUGUCCAAAACCCACAAUCCGGGUGAAAUUACUGCGCAGAUCGUUUCAAGGGUCCCGCUAUUGUCAUAGGCUUCCGUGGAACUGUCUUCCACCCAUCCUACUGCACUGACGCAGGCGCCUUCAAUUAAAACCGGGUUCGAACUAAAGCAAACUCAAAAGUACCUAUCAGGAGGUACUUAUACCGUGACAUGUGUCACCACAAAGAUUAAAUUCUUGACUAACCGACCUCAUUUGUUGACAGAAGAAAGGCCACUCCUCUUCGUGACCAAGUCUGUCCAACUACAUUAAAGACUGGGGUUCUUCAGCAUGGGUUGACAGGCCAUUUGACAUGAGGCCAAUCUGUAAAACAAGCCUCGAGUAUAUGAGGCUUCUGCCAAAACAGUUAGCUUACACAGAAAUAAGCUCAGGAGACGUAUACUGACUUAGUAUUUGGUCGACUCGGAGCUUCUCUCAGCGGCAAACAUCUCUGUAGUUGGCCUAGAAUUCAGCUGGUACACUGCGCCCUCACCACUGACUGGCUGAGAUGGACGAGUUUUGCUCUGUGCUGGCUGGAAGGCGGAAUAAUUCGGCUCGACUCCGACUGCUGAGGACGCAGAGUUGGGCAAAUCAAGACCUGAGUGGGUAUGAUGAAAACUGACCUUCACCGCAUGUUUGAUCCCGUCGUCUCCGGUCUGUGGAGCUGGAGUGUUAAAUGACCCAACAUUACUGGGAGGAUUCCACGUCAGACGGACUGCAGUGGAGAGGACUCGCCGUAGUAUAAUGAACGUGCAGAACGCGGGGAAUGGUGGCCGGAGGACUCUUGCAGUUACAUUGAAUUCCGAUAUGAGUGCGAUCACCAGGUAAAGAAGCACAACUGACUCAGGCGGAAAAGUCGACUCCGCUAUCGACCCUGACAUGACGAAAUCGCGUUACCGAAUGCGGAGAUCAGAUCUCCUGUCUGCAUGACCUCAAACGCUCUAGAUCUGAGCACCUUCCGUCACACUCUCCUUCCACUCCCAACAAUGUAAUUUAAUUCCUGUCUUUUAGGAACUCUUCGGAAAGCAAGCCCAUAGUAAGUGCCGUGCAAAAUGACUGCUUUUGUUUAUUCCCAUUUUUGCUUCCUUUGUAUAAUGCAUUUAAAUCUCGAUCAUUCCCAGUGCCGACACAAAGUCGCCGUCUGACAGUAAUUUCUGUCCUAGCGACGACAGUUUCGCUUCCUCCUCUUAUUCGAGUGAAUCCUCGUAUUCGGAAUCUUCUUCAACGUCUUCCUUCUCUGCGGAUGAUUCUAGUGAUGACUGGGCGAAGCGGAAACCACACUCUCGUCGCCCAACGCAACUUAACAAGAAACCUCCAGUAGGCUUUGCGCCCUGAUUGUCAAGCCUAAUUAUGUUCCUGGAUGGAAAUCAUACUCUUUAAUAAUUAGCGGUCUUUAUUUUUAAAACUACAGUUUUCAACUGCUAACGAGGUAACAGUUCCUAAACGGGCCGCCGGGGAUACCGUUGACGAGAAAUCGAUCGCCAUCAAGUAAGGUUUUGAUCCGCACUAUUGUUUUCUUCUGUUUUCCAUAUUCUCAUGCAAAUGCCGCUUGCGCUCACGUGUGAGUCAGUAGUGUACUAUAUCGGCCCAAGAGUAAUUCCUUGAUCCCGCCUCGUCCAUAAAGGCGCCAUAGUCUGCCACAUUUCCACUCUUUAUCGUCAUCCACAUUUCCUGGUUUCCCAUAACCACCCAAAGAAAAUCAACCAGUCUCUACUUGACCGAUACGAAGUUAGUCCCAUAAAAACCUUAGACAAUUGCGGCCCGUUCUUCAAGUUUUCUUGCGGUGGUGAGACUUGAAAUUUGGCUUAAUGCAUCCCUUGUAUAUUGUUCGCCUCUAUUCCGUGAAGACUUUCGCAGUUUCUUCUCCCUCUCUUGACUAGAACAACCAUAAAUCUGGAGCUCAGUUUAAAAAUUCGGGGAUCCAACGCGGUCAGUCACUUGUGGCCUGAUCUUUUACAUCUUUUCAAACAUUGUGGCAGAAAUGGCAUCAGAAAUCGGGAGACAAUGCAGGAAAUGGCGUCUCCUUUUGCGUUUUUAUGAUUAACAGACGCUGGCACAGAAAUGGAUAACUGACUUUGUGUGACUGAUUUCGAACAACCACCUUUUAUUCCGUCCUUUUCAUGUGGUUUCGGCCAACGGUUGGAUUUACCAAAUCUAGGAUUUGGACCGGAAUUCUUUCAGGUUAUCCAAAAUACGACCUGGACUACUGGUUUGGGCCGUAUCGAUACUUCUUAGGGAAAUUUUGAUAAGUAUUGACGCUCACCGAUUGGCUUGCUUGCACGUCAACAAGUACUGCGAUUAAUGAGGAAUGUGAAAAAAUCGAAGAAUUCCUACAGAUAGUUAUGGACACCACUAUACCCCAAAAAGUUGUGGAUAAAGAUACAAUCAACUUGCACGAAUGGCGUCGGUGAAAGAAGGCGUAUGAGCAAUUUUGUUGGGCGUCUGCUCAUAUGCUCUGCUGCCGAACUUUCAGCUGCUUUGCGGUCUCAGAUGAACAAAAUGCGCAUCAUCUUCAAUCAAGGCAAGUGAAUCAAGCCAAUCGGAGAUCGGUAAUGGUAGUAUGUCGGUCUAAAUCGACGAAGAUCAUCGUUCCGGUCGUCCUUAGUCUCCUGAGUAUCAAAGACAGCCUACUCAUGACCCGCGGUUACUGACAAAAGCUUGCGCGCUAUCGACCUUAUCAUCUCCCUUCAUAUUCCUUAUGUUCUCGUGGGUUGCAAUACACAACAGCGACCGCUUUUCGGGUCCACUCACCAGUAGGCAUACGUGUUAUGUACUUUGAUUUAGUCUCUUCAGCCUGAUUGCGGCCGUUGGCGGUCUUGUCUACACAAUCCAAGUCGUCUUAUCAGCCUAAGCCUGUCCGUUGGGGGUAAUACCCGGUUUCCUCAAUGCCAUAAUAUCGAAUUGCAGCCGUUUGCUGUUGUUUCUUUUGGAAUGUGCAGUAAAAAAUGUGUUGCCCGUCAUCGCCUGAAACUGACACUCGAGCCAAUUUAAACAACCAAGCUUAACUGUCAUCUCUUUGCCAACAGACCCCAUGUUUCCAUUUUUCUUUCAGGCUCCAGAAAUCACUCUUUUCGGAAUGUCUACCGUGUCGGGAGCGCGAAUUCGACGCCGUUUUCGAGUUCCUCAUUGAGAGGCUUCAAACGCGCACAGGGGGGUAAGUUCCUCACCGAAUUCAGACGUAAAAAGGGUCACCUCGGGGUCGGCCUCGCUUUAUUUUCCCGGAAGUCUGAGUCGGGCAACUGGAGAUAAGAAUAUGCCCAGUGGCCAAUCUGACCUGAAGCCUCUAUUUAACACUUGCCACACGGCUGUUUGUUCCCGUUCGGACCUAAUGCAACAGCACAGGAAGUUUUACGGAACAAUUUUAGACCAUUAUUUCUGUAGAGACAACGACUGUUUUUUCCUGGUUGGUUGAUCAGGAACGGAUUUAAGUUUUUAAACGAAAAAACCACAACAGAACUCCCUCCCUCCAUCCGCACCUGUCCUUCUCCCCCUCCUGUCAGUCUCCCCGUCCCCGUCUAAUUUUUCUUUUCACUUGCCUCACCGAAGUAUGUUUUUUUUAGUUCCUCCUCGAAAUUGAGGUGA